AUGAGUUAUUUGAGUUCAAUAGAAAUAUCUCGUGUCACUAUGUCACCGGCAGAUGAAACCUCUUAUGUCUCGGGACCAAGUAAAAAGGCCUCCUACACGUUGGUCGCUUUAAAGUUCCUCGAACUGUGUCUCAUCAUUUGCUGCAUAGGUCUGAUCGAUGAACCUGCCACACAUUCCAACAUACGUACAUUUAUCACUCCACGCGUAAUUGGCUUAUGCUAUGUGACCUUUGGCUGUCUGUUAAUUUACUCGGCGAUUUAUUUAAUAAUGGCCCUAUUCGGUGACAUGACUCCAUGGCGAACAUCUGUGUUGUGGUCUUUGGUUGGAUUUGUACUGUUUGUGGCCACCACUUCAUUACUAUUCCGUGAUUGGUCAGCUACAAAAGAUUUGAAUUACUGGCAUCCGAAUAUGACACGUUUGGAUUUGGUAUUGGGUGCGGCAUCUGUGUCUUUGGUCACUGCACUUAUUUUCCUUAUGGAUAUUUUAAUUACUCUACGUUUUGGCAUGUCAGGAGAUUUGGAGUAAU